AUGUCGUCUCUCGACGAAUUGAUGAGUCUACAAAACCUGGAGAUGGGUGUCAUAUCUCGCACACUCACUAACUUUAAGAAGCUGGGACAGGCCAAGAUGACACGUGCCGUAACGCGACAACGCCUCGCAACCCUCAAGGAGACAUACGCCAAAUGCAAGGAACUUGACUGCAGAAUAACGCUCGCUGCGGACGAGAAGACAACGACAACCCAUGCGUACUUCACCCAGAAUCACUUCCUGAAGUGUGAAAAAUAUUACCACGAAGCUUCCGACUACAUGGCUGAGGUAUUGGGAUGUCACGAAAUCAGCAAUCCCACUCCCGCUGCUCAUGACGUAAGUGACCUUAAUAAUUCGUACCGGUCAUCGUCGCAUCUUCCGAGGAUCAACCUGCCGAACUUCGACGGGAAUUUUGACAAGUGGGAAAGCUUUCGCGAUAAAUUUAAAUCAAUGAUCCACGACGAUCAGAGUUUAACGAAUGUCGAGCGCAUGCAUUAUUUGUGUUCUUGUGUGAAGGGGGAUGCAAGUAACGUCUUAGACCACCUCGCGGUAACUAAUGACAAUUUCGGCAUCGCGUGGAAUAUUCUCGUUUCUCGGUAUGAUAAUAAACGUCGCCUUAUUACUACACAUUUACAAUCGCUUUUCAAUUUACCGUCGCUCGCGACAGAAACCUCCAAAGAUCUUCGCACGCUCCGCGAUCAAACCAAUAAAGCGAUACAAGCUCUAAGCAAUCUCGAUCGCGCAACCGAACAUUGGGAUGAUUGGCUUGUUUUUCUCGUAUCACAAAAACUCGACAAGUCAUCGCGAAAAGCUUGGGAACUUAAACUCGGCGAUACAGUAGAAUACCCGCGUUAUCGCGAGCUUGAUCAAUUUCUUACAUCGCGCAUUCGCGCUCUCGACGCGAUUGCACCCGCAACCGCAUCGGAGAAGUCACCGACGACCUCCAAAAAGAAAAAUCUCGCGUCACAUACCGCAUCUACCGUUCCGUUCUCAUGCGCAUUAUGCAAAGCGAACCAUCUACUGUAUCAAUGCUCUACGUUCCUCAAGCUAACUCCAUCCCAACGUGAAUUUAUUAAAAACCAGAAACGCUGUGUAAAUUGUUUCAGUGCGAAACAUUCAGUGAAAGAGUGUACGAAUACUCGCGCGUGUCGACAGUGUAGCAAACGGCAUUACACGUUGCUGCAUUUCGACAAUUCCGCUCAACCAGUCGACGCGAAGUCGCCGUCGACGUCCGCACCCACGAGUACCGAGAGCGUCACCGUCGUCGCUACACAUUUAUUGUCGAAAGCCGUAGCGCCGAGCUUCAAAAUCUUACUCGCGACAGCGCGCGUGCGAGUUUAUUCACCGCAGAACCGUUUCGUCACCGUUCGUGCGCUCCUUGAUCAAGGAUCCGUCUCUACGUUCAUCUCUGAAUCGCUCGCUAAACGCCUAUGCCUUGCAAGAAUCAAUCGUUCUGUUUUACUUACUGGCAUUAAUGAAAUGCGAUCUGUCGUGCGUCACGCGGCCCAUAUUACGAUUACCCCGGUGUGUCGCGACGGACCUGCCUAUACCACGACCGCAUUGAUACUUCGGUCAUUAACGAAAUAUUUGCCGAAUCGAGUCGAUACCGCGUAUAAUUGGAAACACGUCGCAGGACUCGAGCUUGCCGAUCGUGACCCCAUGAGUUCGGAUCCAAUCGACAUCAUUAUCGGUGCCGAUCUCUUCGGCAUGCUCGUUCUCGGUGGUGUCCGAAAGGGCUCCGAACACGAGCCGAUCGCGCAAAAUACCACUCUAGUUUCCGCUCUGGCGCAUCACGGAGUCGUCAUCGAGACUCUAGAUUGCGAGCUUCGUCGCUUUUGGGAGAUUGAGGAAGUGCCUCAGAAAGCAGCUCGAAGCCCUGAGGAUCACCAGUGCGAAGAGCACUUUAAAGCCACGCAUUCUCGUACGCCGGAAGGACGGUAUAUCGUUCGAUUACCGUUUAAAAUCGGACCACCAAUCUCGAUAGGCGAAUCGCGCUCUAUUGCCGUUUCAAGCUUUCGCCACUUGGAACAACGCUUAAAUCGAAACCCAAUCAUCGCAUCCGAGUAUCACGAAUUUCUCGCAGAGUACGAAACCCUCGGUCACAUGACCAAAAGCCCACCGACAGAAAUUGUCAAACCAGAGCAAGCUUAUUAUAUUCCACAUCACGCUGUCCUACGUGAUAGCAGUGCGACCACUCGCUUACGAGUAGUGUUCAACGCGUCAUGCCGCACGUCAGACGGAACGUCGUUGAAUGUGACCAUAUGCUCAUAG